UGCCAAUUGUCUAGAACAUGCCAAAGGGGCAGAGAAUAGUUGUGAAAUGCAAUGAAGAUAGCCAGCCUAUAGGAGAUGAAGGUGCAAUCUUGGGGAAGUUUCUGGGCACGGUUGCUAGAAAUGGAGGAUUUUGCCCACUAAACCUAAAUGAUUGGCGUCAUGUCAAAAAGAAUAGUGGUGAGGAAACAAUAUUGCAGUGCGUACAGAGGCAAGCUGAUCCUGAAAAGAAACGACCACACAGAUCAAAGGUUUAUUUAGCAACUCACAAGAAGAAGGACGAUGCUGAUGCUAAAAAUAAAGAUAGAAAUAAGCGCCUGGAUCGAUUGGAGAAUCUAAUAACCGAACGACCAGAGUUGGCACAAAAUUUGAAUGGAAGAGUCGCAUGGGAAGGUGAUGCCCUGCAGGAAGUGUUAGGGAAAGAAAAGAUUGGACAAGUGCAUGGCAUGGGUUUGCUUCCAACUCCUAAGCAAGUCUACGGUCGGACGCCACGGUAUCUAAAGAACAUCAAUAUGACUACAACUGAUGGAUCACCAUAUGAAGUUGAACAUGACGUUUGGGAGGUAAUAGCAAAGAUGAAGGAGCAUAUAAAAAAGCAAGACCAGAUUAUUAAAGAUAUGAAUAACAAAGAAGGCUAUGUCAAUAAUGGCAUAGAAGAGGAAAACCUCCAAUCAAAUGAUAAUGGUAUUUCUCGGUCACCAGUACUGCUUGGUAAAACAAAGAGAAUCCAGUGCAAUGGACCCGUUGAGGCACGCUCGUCUAUGCAACAUGACAUUCCUGAGGAUAAUAAUUUGUCACGUUCGCAUGAAAAGGUUAUGCCUGUAGUUACUCUUACUCAUGUCACAAAGAAUAUAAAAUAA